AUUGAGUUUGUUUUAUAACGCGGGAGGAAUUACAUUACCUGAUCGUACUCUCUGCUUUCUUCUUCUUCUUCUUCUUCUUCUUCUUCUUUUGCUUUCGUCUUCUCUCCGAUUCAAUAAUGGCGGAUUCUGCCAUUGAAGUUCUCACUCGUGCUCUCUCAGGGCAUGGAAUAAAUGAAAAUGCAAUGAUAGAGACAUUGGGAAAAUGGAAUCACGAGGAGAAGAAAUUGUUCAGAAAGAAAAGUAGCCAUUUUUUCAGUGAAGAUGAACGUUCCUUUGAGCGAUGGGAAGAACAUGGGAUGAGACUUCUCAAGCAUGAAUUCAUGCGCUUUAAGAAUGCUGUGGUUCUAUGGACAACACAUCCAUGGGAAAGAGAUGCUCGUUUGGUAAAGGAAGCAUUGAGCAAAGGGCAUCAUGGCCAAAACAUUAACAUCUUAAUAGAAGUGGCUUGUACUAGAACUUCUGAUGAGCUUUUGGGUGCUCGAAAAGCUUACCAUUCCCUCUUUGAUCAUUCCAUUGAAGAAGACGUUGCCAGCCACCUCAAUGGCCCUGAACGCAAGCUUUUGGUAGCAUUGAUGAGUGCAUAUAGAUACGAAGGACCAAAAUAUAAGGAGGAGAUAGCAAAAUCAGAAGCAAAAAAGUUUGCUCAUUCAAUUAAGGAAGCAAACAGCAAAAAAAGCAGCCUCAUUGAAGACGAAGAGAUUGUGAGAAUACUCUCAACAAGAAGCAAACACUUUCUUCAUGCUCUUUACAAACACUACAACGAAAUCUCAGCAGGUCGCUCCAUUGAUGAGGAUCUUCACGGUGACUUGAGGCUUCAAGAAGCAGUUUUGUGCUUAACCAAUCCUGUUAAGUAUUUCACUCAGCUUCUGGAUGUGUCAUUAAAAGCCGACGCAGACAAGAAGAUAAAAAAGGUAUUGACUCGAGUCGUUGUUACGAGAGCUGAUAAUGACAUGAAGGAGAUUAAAGUUGAGUUCAAAAAACAGUUUGGAGUUUCAUUGGCAGAAAAAAUUGGGUCUGUUUGCAAUGGUAGCUACAAAGAUUUCUUAAUCACUUUGCUGGCAAGAUCAGAUUAACUAUUAUAGUUAAUAUGAAUAAAAAUAUUUGAAAAUUGAAGUCUUUUUCUUUUUUUUUUCGCUUAGGAGAUCGAAAUUUGCUGUGUUUGAUUUCUAUGUAUGAGUUGGUCGCUUUUUCAUGGUUCUCUUUUGCUUACGAGGCUGUGUUGUUCUCCUUUGCCAUAAUAAAUUUGAACACUGAAAUUUGUUCAUA